GUUAUCGUUUGGCGCCAGCUAUCGAUUGGGGUUCUUAUCAGACGAAGAGUCCAAUCAGCUGGUUUCAUUUACUUGCAGAAUGUCGCGAAAGAAUGUCUUAAGUUUGAUCAACACGAUCGUCGCUAACUCUUGUAAGUGCCCCGCCCACUCGCAUAACUAUGGAUCAGCUGCCCCAACCGCCUCCCAAACUGGUCGCAUGGAGUACGCCUUCGAGAUGUCUGCCUCGACGGUGCGAUUUGGACCCGGAGUAAGUGCCGAAGUUGGAGCUGAUCUUCGCAACUGGGGAGCACGAAAUGUUUGUUUGGUCACCGAUAAGAACGUAGUGCAGUUGCCCUCGGUCAAAGUGGCCUUGGAUUCACUGGCUCGUCAUGGAAUCAACUACGAAGUGUAUGAUGAAACCCGGGUGGAACCCACUGACGGCAGCUUGUGGCAUGCAGCGGAGUUUGCCCGCGGCAAGGAAUUCGAUGCCUUUUUGGCCAUUGGAGGAGGAUCAUCCAUCGAUACCGCGAAGGCAGCUAAUCUUUUCAGCAGUGACAAGAAUGCGGAGUUCUUGGAUUAUGUCAACUGUCCGAUUGGAAAGGGCAAGGAGAUAUCUGUGAAACUCAAGCCUUUGAUUGCCAUGCCCACCACUUCGGGAACUGGUUCUGAAACCACUGGUGUGGCUAUUUUCGACUAUAAGAAGUUACAUGCCAAGACUGGGAUUUCCAGCAAGUUCCUCAAACCAACUUUGGCUGUGAUUGAUCCCCUGCACACCUUAUCCCAACCGGAAAGAGUGAUGGCCUUCGCUGGCUUCGAUGUGUUUUGCCAUGCUCUGGAGAGCUUUACGGCGGUGGAUUACCGGGAACGAGGACCUGCUCCCAGUGAUCCCAGUUUGAGACCCACAUAUCAGGGCAGGAACCCCGUGUCGGAUGUUUGGGCCCGAUUCGCUUUGGAAAUAAUUCGCAAGAAUUUCAUAGACGCCAUUUACCAACCCGAUAAUCUGGAGGCCCGAUCCCAAAUGCAUUUGGCAUCCACGAUGGCGGGAGUUGGAUUCGGAAAUGCAGGAGUUCACCUUUGCCACGGACUUUCCUAUCCGAUUUCUGGAAAUGUGAGGAACUACAAACCGAAGGGUUAUUCCGCAGAUCACGCUCUAAUUCCCCACGGUUUAUCUGUGGUGAUCAGUGCUCCGGCGGUGUUUGAAUUCACUGCUCCCGCUUGUCCAGAACGACAUUUAGAAGCUGCCCAAAUACUGGGUGCUGAAGUGCGAGGUGUUCAAAAAUCAGACGCCGGUCGUCUUUUGGCGGACACUGUACGCGGUUUUAUGCAACGCGCUGGCAUCGAAAAUGGCCUCCGGGAGCUGGGAUUCUCCAGCAGCGAUGUACCCGCCUUGGUGGAGGGAACCCUGCCCCAGGAAAGGAUCACCAAGUUGGCACCCAGAGCACAAACUCAGGAAAACCUAUCUCAACUUUUCGAGAACUCCAUGGUGGUUUAUUAAAUGGGGAGCUUA